AUGCCAUCGACGUAUUUAUCAAGCAAAGACACACUGGCAGCUAUCCAAGCGCAGCCAGGAUAUUUUUUAACUAUUUCAGCUUCCACCAAUCCGCCAAAAGCAUCUGUUCGAAGUCAUAUACAGCAUCGCGAAGUCAGCGCGGAGUCAGUGGCGGCCAACGGAUCUUCGAGAUCUCAAGAAGGUUUGCAGAAACGCUAUGACAUAGACUCUAUUGAUGCUGCGCACUUCUUCGAGGCUAUGUCUCCAACUCAAGCCGUCGCUCUACAUAGCACCAUCCGUGACUUGAUUCUGACAACGAUUCAGUAA